CACACCACACUACCAACUGAAUGCCUUUACUUGAGCAUGGGAGUGGCAGAUGUACACUAAAAACCUCCACCAACACUGCAUGCUCACGGAUGCUCUUUGGUGGGGUUUUUUUUGUGAUUUCGUGGGGCGCAUUGAAACUACAGUUUGUUGUUUACAGAAGAGUGUGAAGCCGUUACUCUUCGUCACAGAACAUGUUGCUGCUGGAGGUCAGAAUUUGGCCUACACUUGCCCUCCUCAUGCACAUUCAGUCCUAGGAAAAAGACAGAGCACAAGUGAGAAUGACGCUGAAUGCGUCCAGAUCAGAGCACGGGUCCCUCAUGGCCAACUCCUCAUGCGGCCACAAUAUGACAGAGUGGGAGGAGCUUAUGGACAAAAUGUACACAUACUUCUACCUGCUGCUCUUCAUACCAGGACUGCUGCUCAAUACCAUUGCUUUGUGGUUCUUCUGCAGACAGAAUAGAAAGAAGACCAAGACGGUGAUCUUCAUGGUGAACUUGGCCUUGGCCGACCUGGUCCACAUCCUCUCUCUGCCACUAAGGAUCUAUUAUUACUUGACACAUACGUGGCCCUUUGGACACACUGUCUGCUUGCUCUGCUUCUACUUGAAGUACCUCAACAUGUACGCGGCUAUUGGAUUCUUGACGUGCAUCAGUGUGCAGAGGUGUGUGUUCCUGCUUGACCCCUUCUCCACACGAAGGUGGAGAAGCCGCUAUGACCUUGCCAUCAGCGUGGUGGUGUGGGUGCUGGUCGGUCUGGCCUGCUCACUUUUCAUCGUCAUGCGAGUCAGCAGCAGCACCUCGAACCCCUCCAUAACUUCUCAGCAUGUCUUAAACAUGUCCGCUUUUCUGCACGUCACCCAGGAGCCAGCCCGCUGUUUCAAAGACUUGCCCAUGCGUCAGGUGCCCCUCCCACUUGGUGUCACCUUGAUGGUGAUCUGCGAGCUGUUUGGUUUCUUGAUUCCUUUGGUCUGCAUUAGUUACAGCUCUGUCUGCAUCAGCCGCUUGCUCUACCAGAACUACUCGCAGGCUUCAGACAACUCCUCCUUACGUCGCCUCCCCUCAUUAACCUCGGCUGAUGUCAACCAAACUAUUAGGGAGAAGCGGCAUGCCUUGCGGAUGGUGCUGAGCUGCUCCAUCGUGUUCCUGUUGUGCUUUGCCCCGUACCACAUCAACUUCCUUCUUUACCUAAUGGUACAGCAAGGUCUUGUAUCACAUUGUGCCUUCAGGCUGGCCGUACGCCACUUCCACCCAGUUUCUCUGUGUCUGGCCAACCUAAGCUGCUGCCUCAACCCUCUACUCUACUACUUCCUCACCGCAGAAUUCAAGUUGCACCUUGGCAGGCGCACCUUAUCGUCGACCAACUCCCACUCUCUGCUGUCGAGCAGACUGACGAAUUAUGAUAGUAGCUCUCCACACAGAAGGUAGAGUGGUCUUCAGCCUGUCAGUCUUCAUUUGAAAGUAGAACGCCAAAUAGUGAGGAGGCUAAACAGGGUGAAAACGGCGAAAAAACAAUCAUGAUUCAUUUCAUCCUAUCCUUGGAUCUCAAUAUCACUAUUUGUUUUUAACAUGCCAGUUUUAAAGCAUCGGUACUAAAAAAAACCUAAAGAAACUAGAGAUGAACAUAAGAGUGGAACCUCAAUUUAUGAGCCCCUCAUUGUAGGAAUUUUUCCAUUUACGAACCGCGAACAGAUAUAAAAUAAACUUAGUUGUACAAACUUAAUCUCCGCGUAUGAACAAUCAAUUGUUAGCGAGCCGAUUGAUCUCCGGUGCUCGUUUAUUCAGCAAAGCAGUUAUUUCAUUAUAGCGUCUGUCCUAUUUGCUGCUUUGUAAGCGUUUCAAGUGGUUUUUAGCCUUUUCACAACGUGUUUCUAUUUUUUGUCAAUUUGAGCCCAAAGAAAUUGAUGUGUGGUUUGAAAUAUUCCGAAAGUAUCCACAGCGUUGUUGACACUUCUCUGUAUGCAAAUGCAACUGUCCAUAUUUGUCAAUUCGAAGAUUUUCUCUAUGGAUGUUUUUUAUUCAUUAUUAUUUCUUGGUCUGGUUUCCUCUUAUUUAUUUUAUUUUUGUUCCAUGGCCAUGGAACAAAUUACAAAUUGAUCUGAGGCUACCUGUACUGAUCACAAUGGGGGCAUUUUAGGCUAUUUUAAAAGAUCGAAAAAGCUGUUCACAUCAGGCACUGUACUUGUUUUAACUUGUUUUGGAAUAUAUUUUUUUAUUGAAACAUUUACAUUUUUACCAAUUGCAUGUUCUUAUGUUCAUCAUGUAAGUAAUUUGUGCAUUGAACUAUGAUGUUUUACUACUACUGUUUUUAUUGUUUUUAUAUGUAUUUAUGAAACCUGUUUUUGCUGGCCUCGUAGCGAGAUCGCUUUUGUAGAAGACAUUUGAAUCCCAGUGAGUUUUACCCGGUUAAACAAAGAAAAAAGAAAAAAAAAAAGAAAAAUAAGAUCUCGUAAAAGUCUCUGCUAUUUCCCUGCACGGCGAAACUGCAACAGAAUGGCGGUGCGGAUUGCAGGACGGCUGAUGGAGGCACCGUUCUGUGGCAACGCCAUUAUGCAUCCAGUUGAAAUCCCUGGUUAUACCUCUUGGCGUGUGACUUGCAAUUAUCUUCUAAAACACUAAUGGUUUACUAAGAUCCAAACACCACGCGCUCAAGGCCGUACGCUAUAUAUAAUACAGCGUGUACAUUAGUGGGCGUGUUGCCUGCAAUUUACUAAGACUGCUUGUAAAACUGAAAAGUGGUGCAAAUUGUCUAAAUCAGUGGUCCCCAACCAUUUUGUAUCUGCGGACCGGUCAACGCUUAAUAAUUCGUCCCGCAGCCCGGGGGUGGGGGGAAUCCUUUAUUUAUUUAUUUUUUUCUUUGUCAUGAAAAAGGGAUGUUUUUGUGGUUGGUGCACUAAUUGUAAGUGUAUAUUGUGUUUUUAUGUUGAUUUAAUUUAAAAAAUAAAUAAAUAAUUGUAUUUAUUUAUUUUUUAUUUUUUUUAAAUAAAAAUGAAUAAAAAAUUAUUCUGCAGCCCGGAAACAAUCGGGCCACGGCCCGGUGUUUGGGGACCACUGGUCUGAAUGACAAUUUUUACCUGCUGCAUUUUGCUAUAAUUUCAAACAUGCAGGAGACAUGUAAUAAAUUCCAAAGUUUAAGAUAUAUAUUUUUGUUAUAUCGCCAAAGCUGCGCUCAUUUUAGAGAAGCUUCACUUGCUCCAGUUCAAGGCGCAAAAAAUGCAUACUUAGGGGAGUUUUUUCUCGUAUAAGAAACAUUUUAUUAUAUAUAUUCUAUGUGAAAUAAACACGCGUCAUUAAAAUAUAUGAAAUGACACAUAAAUGCGUAAAACACAUUUGUCUUUACAUAAGCCCUGAAAUCCCUUGGCAGCUAUAAAAUUGUAAAACAAUGUUGCCAAAUAGAUGAUAUGUCCAAUAUUUUUUAAUUUCUAACUGUCCAAAUAUGUUGACACUCUCGUCUGUCCAUCGUUCGUCAAUGCGUCGCAGGCACUGAUCUUGCAGCCGUGUGUGAUAAAUGAAACGCAGAAUAGUGUGCGUAUUGUGCGGUUCCGUGAGGAUGAUAAAACAUGUUUGUGAUUUGUGUCAUAGGAACACGACGGGCCAUUACUCUAAUGUUUUAAUUUUUUAAAUGUUUUUUCACAGAACAUGAAGUUAUUGACUUAUCAAUGUAAAUCUUUCUGUGGCGGUCCAAAACCUAUGUAUGGUAAACACUGGUUUGAGCGCACGACUUUAGAACCAUUCUUUUUUUAUUUAUUGUAUUAAUUACGCUGCAAUUAUGAUAAAUUAAUUACUUACAUGAUUAAAGGCCUACAAAACCCACUACUACCGACCACGCAGUCUGAUAGUUUAUAUAUCAAUGAUGAAAUAUUAACAUUGCAACACAUGCCAAUACGGCCUUUUUAGUUUACUAAAUUGCAAUUUUAAAUUUCCCCGGGAGUUUCUUGUUGAAAACGUCGCGGAAUGAUGACGUGUACGCGUGACGUCACGGACUGUGAGGAAAUAUUAGCGCAGCGCACUCACACAGCUAAAAGUCGUCCGAUUUAACCGCAUAAUUACACAGUAGUUUAGACAUCUGGGUAGCUGAAUCUUUUGCAAUGUGUUCAUUUAAUAAUGGAGAAUAUAAAAAACAAUGCUGUUGGUGGAAAGUGGUGGAUUGCAGCUGUCUUUAGCACCGAGACCCAGCUGGCGUUUCUUUGUUUGUUGUGAAAGCAGAGCGGUCAAGCGAACAUGUUUUCUCUGCGUCAACCAGCAUGUUUUUGGAUGGGGAAAUUGUGAUAUAUAUCUUACCGAAGACAUCCGUGGAUUAUUCGUCGUUCUGCAGCAGCUGUGAGCUUGGCUCCUCGGCUUCUCUCUGAGACACAGUGUGUUCAACGCAGCCAUCCGACCUCGAGGUAUGUCUUUACAAUCUUUACUUUACAAUUUUUUAAAUCUCACUAAAACACUAUUAAAACAAUAAGCAGAUAAGGGAUCUUCCAGAAUUUUCCUAGUACAUGUGUCUAAUUACAUCUGAAACACUCACACUGCCGUCGCCCGGAGCUGUCGCUUUUUUUUUUUUUUCUCGUCCGUCAAUAUCCUCAAACACGAAUCUUUCAUCCUCGCUCAAAUUAAUGGGGAAAUUGUCGGUUUCUCGGUCAGAAUCGCUCACGCUGCUGGUGUCCAUGAUUGUAAUCAAUGGGUGGAUGUGAAAAGUCCGACAGUCUGUGACGUCACGCGCACUACUUCUGGGAAAGGCAGGGCUUUUUUAAGAGCGACCAAAAGUUGCGAACUUUAUCGUCGAUUUUCUCUACUUAAUCCUUUCAGCAAAAAUAUGGCAAUAUCGCGAAGUGAUCAAAUAGAAUGGACCUGCUAUCCCUGUUUGAAUAAGAAAAUCUAAUUUCAGUAGGCCUUUAAAGUAAAAGUUUAAAAAGUAUGUGGAUUGGAACUGCUCUGACAAGUAGAGUUUAUAAUUGAUUAUUGAUUCCCGGGCGUGGCCACCGCUUUUUUUGAUUUACUGAUACUUUUAUUAGUAGAUUGCACAGUUCAGUACAUAUUCCGUACAAUUGACCACUAAAUUUUACCACCCGAAUAAAGUUUUUCAACUUGUUUAA